CCACUCUCAACCAUACAAGCAUCGAAUCACGUGCCAGCGGUCACACAUCGGUGCUCCACCGACACACCUCUGCAGCGACUUCGCAUCAGCUCAGCCAAGAGACCAACCACAGAGCACGACGGCUCUGCAGCCGUGAAGUCACUCACCACCACCCGUUUCACAUUUGGAUACACACUCUUGACCAACACCGGCGGUACAAACCGAAAUGGCUCGUAAGGGAUGUCGAUCUCGACGGUCCUCGCCGCAUCGAAACACAGCGAUGUGUCUCCCACCGACUGCAGUGCGUGGAGCGCGAAGGCGUCUUGAUGGUGCUGUGUGGACGGCCGCACACACUUGAUGCACAGACAAGAUGCAGUUCGGGCGAGCUGACGAAUGGCCUGAUGAGACACACACGGGUGGUUAGUGGGGACGCAUACCGACCAAUAACUCUUACUGUGUGGACGAAGGGGCGCCAAGGAAUGGGGACGUUGAGGUCGUCCAGGAACUGCAGGUGAAUGCGGUUGACGGACAGAUGGAUGGGGACAGCCCGCAGGAGGCAUCCCAGCUCGAACAGCACCUCAGGGGUGGGCGAAAAGUCACCAAUAUCGAAGGCCAGGUCAGCCAGAUUCGCCUCUUUCGCCCGCAGCGCGUCCAGGAGGAGAGCCGGCGGCAUUCUAUCAUACCGCCUCCCUCGCUCAUCCACACCAAAUGGGGUGACGAAGGUGUACACGAACAGUCGGCGUAGGUGUCUCAGGGAGGGGACGUUGCUCAGCACGAUCGCCAGUGCCCGCAUGUCGCACCAGAAGAUAUGAAUGGACUCCACUGCCUCAGUACCGGCGAGCCAUCCACUGAUCCACUCCACGUCCUUGGCCUCGCACUCAUGGAUCUUGAGGGACUUGAGAUGUGGAAGCUGCCAUCCGCCGGGGACCUCCAUGCCUCCUUUGACAAUCUCCACACCCUCCAGGCGGCUGAACACCAGCUGCUGGUGCGUCUCUCCUCCACGUUUCUGCCCAGUCGACCUGUUUUGUAUCUUCAACUCGCGCAGCGUCUUGGCUGAAGCUUCGACAAGGCGCAAGGCUGAUGGUGUGCCGCUCCCUGGUCCGUCUAUGGUGAUGCUCGCCGAGGUCAGGCAUGUCAUGCGGCCCUCCCAAUGCGCCAGCUGCGUCCCUGUCAUGGCCAGUGACCUCGAGAGGUUGAGAGCCGAGAAGGCCGCUGGCUGCUGCAGCAUCGAGGCGACAGGGCAGCAAAGGAUGGCCAGUUGGAUGGUCUCCUCGGUGGGCAGGAAGGCGAAUAUCGCUGCAAGCAAGUCAAGCGGGCAGGCAAGGAAACUCCCGUCGCCACCAUUGCCGUGGUGCCGAGUCGCCGUCAAGUCAACCGUUGAUGGAAGGGGCUUCGAAGGGGAGUCGUUGGUUUGGGCCGGUGCUGGGACGCUUCCUGGUUGCCCCUCGGUUCCAAGCAACAGGGGGGGCUCGGGCGGAGGCCUUCCCCCCGGGGGACUCCACAGGGUCGAAGGGAAGACCAAGCCCUCCAAUUCAAACGUCGACAGACUUGAACGCCCUGUCCUCUGCAGGAAAAGGGCAGACAUAGCAAGAAAAGGACAGCAGAUGGCGGAGAGCUCUCACUCGUCGUCUUUGCCAUUCUCUUGCUCGCCGCUUACAAUCAGCUCUCUCAGCCGUCGGUUCUCUUUGCGCAGCUCCUCAUUCUCGCGAAGGAGGAUACCUGCGGAAAGGCUCCCCAUCGCGGGAGCGAGCAAACCAACGCGCUUUUUCAG